UAAAGUUUUGAAUUUCCUCCCCGCCUUCUCCUUUUGCUUUCUUUCUAAUUCUUGUGACCCCCUCCUCUCUCUCUCUUUCUCUCUCACCCAACCACUACAGUAGAAUAUACUAUUUAUUAAAAUAUUAUAAUAAAAUCAAUAGUCUAUGUGGUGUGGCUGUGCCUCCAUUUUUCUCAUGUUCACAUCUUCAAACUGCUCUUGAAUUUACUACUACGAAAUGGCAGAUUUACAACUCCACAUAUUUGGUUUUCAGUGAAUACUCGCUAGGAUUGGAAUUCGUUGGAAAACAUCAGACGUGGAAGUGGCUUGCUGGAAGCACAUAAAAUGGAGAAGUAUGAAGUGUUAGAGCAGAUUGGGAAAGGUUCCUUCGGUUCUGCACUACUUGUGAGGCAUAAACAAGAAAAGAAGAAGUAUGUCUUGAAGAAAAUCCGCCUUGCUCGUCAGACUGAUAGGAGCCGCAGAUCUGCCCACCAGGAGAUGGAGCUUAUUUCUAAAGUGCGAAAUCCAUAUAUUGUGGAGUACAAAGAUUCCUGGGUAGAAAAGGGAUGCUAUGUCUGCAUAGUCAUAGGGUAUUGUGAAGGAGGAGACAUGGCGGAAGCUGUUAAAAGAGCUAAUGGUCUCCAUUUUUCUGAAGAGAAACUCUGUAAGUGGCUAGUUCAACUCCUGAUGGCACUGGAUUACUUACAUACAAACCAUAUUCUUCAUCGUGAUGUCAAGUGUUCAAAUAUAUUUCUGACAAAAGAUCAAGACAUACGUCUAGGUGAUUUUGGUCUUGCAAAGAUGUUGACUUCUGAUGAUCUUGCUUCCUCUGUGGUGGGAACUCCUAGUUAUAUGUGUCCUGAACUUCUUGCUGAUAUUCCAUAUGGUUCAAAGUCAGAUAUCUGGUCUUUAGGAUGCUGCAUAUAUGAAAUGGCUGCCCACAAGACUGCAUUUAAAGCUUUUGAUAUGCAGGCUCUGAUCAACAAAAUAAAUAAAUCCAUUGUGGCUCCACUUCCGACCAUGUAUUCUGGUGCAUUUAGAGGGCUUGUUAAAAGUAUGUUGCGGAAGAAUCCAGAACUAAGACCAAGUGCUGCAGAUUUGCUCAGGCACCCACAUCUUCAACCGUAUAUUCUUAAGAUUCAACUCAAAUCUUAUAGCCCUAGAUGGAGUACUUUCCCAGUACAGUUGUCUGAUUCCAACUAUGUAAAGAAAACUAGAUUUCUUGAGCCUGAUGUUGUUACCAUGCUUACGGACAGAGAGAAACGGAGAUCAUUCAGUAAUGACAGGGCCUUGAAUCCUAGUAUAUCUGGAACCGAACUAGACUCUCCAUGUUCUUCUCAGAGGGCACAGCAUUUCCCAAGCUAUUUGAAUAAAAAGCUCUCAGAAUUAUCUGUUGGCAGCAUCCAUGAAAAUAUCAGUGUUGAUACGUCAACAGCCUCAAAGGUUUCGAGUGCUGCCAAGACUCCAAGAUUGGCUCCAGCAAAAAUGUCAGCAACUCCAAAGAGACAGACUGCUCCUUCUAGGAUUUCCAACAUUGUUUUAAAUCAUGAUUUGCGUCCUGUGUCGCGUACUCCAGCUAGCAAACCUUUCCAACCAACACGCAGAGCAUCUCUUCCAUUGUCAACUAGAGCUGCGACAUUUGAAUCACCUUGUAAGCGUAAUGUUGGUCUCCUGCAGGGUGUAGAAUCUCCAAAUGUCUCUGUCAAUUCUCCACGAAUUGACAAGGUGGUUGAGUUCCCCUUAGCCUAUUCUGAAGAUACCCUGUUUCCCAUUCGCAAAACUUCUUCAAUAUCUGCACAGUGCUCUACCACCCCACCGACUAGUGGGGAUCACUCAAUCAUGAAAGACAAGUGCACAGUUCAUAUUCUGGACAGGACUUUUACCAAGCCACGAAAUGGAAGUGAAUGCUCAGAUCGGAGUCCAACAACUGUUGUUUCAAGCCGUUCAUCUUCGGAUUCUAGGCAGCGUAGGUUUGACACCUCAUCAUACCAACAACGUGCGGAGGCAUUAGAAGGAUUGCUGGAGUUCAGUGCACAGCUAUUGCAGCAGGAAAGGAUCGUGGAGCUGGGAGUGUUACUGAAGCCAUUUGGGCCGGGAAAGGCUUCUCCUAGAGAAACCGCUAUAUGGUUAACUAAGAGCUUCAAGGAAACUGUUGUAUAGCAGGAAACUAAAAUCAUCUCUCGCAAUGUAAUAAUGUUAUGUGAUAAAUUAUUGGUCUUUCGUCUGCUGAGGAAGGAUGAGAACUGGUGAAUGUAGGUUGUUAUCAAAAACUUCCCAUUACAGGGAAUGCGUAUGCGAACUGAUUAAGUUAAUGAAAAUGUUGAAGAGUUUGUAUUUGCUUCCA